CAGAGGGUGGUACCGAACUAGCUGCCACCCUGCCACCUGUUUGCUGCUGGUCUCCAGGACUGACACCAGACAGAAUGCUCCUGAAGGCACCUCUAAUUCUGGGGCUCAUUGUGCUGGCGCCUCAUGUCUGCAGUUCCGACUUUAUGGACAUUGGUAGUAGAACAAAUUACUUCAUCUUGUGUGUUGAGUUUGCAGUGUUUCAUUUCAACCAAGUCUACCCAGAUGAGUAUGCGUAUAAGCUGCUGUGGGUGCGGCGAAGCCAGCGCAAGCAGUUUGCCUUAAUAUAUUUAAUGGAGUUGGAAUUGGGCCAAACCAUUUGUACAAAAGAGGAUGAAGACCUGGAAAACUGCCCCUUGCAAGAAGGUCCAGAAGAGAAAAAGUUGGACUGCACCUUUAUUGUGGAUGCCAGACCAUGGCUUUCCCAGUUCUUCCUCCUGAACAGUACCUGCGUGCAGAAAUAGGCAGAGAAGGGGCCCCUGGCUCCUCAAGCAGAAGUUCCUGGAGCACAUGGGUGGUUCAGUCAGUUAAGCAUCAGUCUUCAGCUCAGGUCAUGAUCUCAGGGUCCUGUGAUUGAGUCCCGCAUUGGGCUCUGUGCUCAGUGGGGAGGCUGCUUCUCCUCUG